AUGAGUCAUCAUCACUCUUCAUGGCGAGAGCACCACUGUGUCCCUGGAGACACCAACUGCACCGCAAGCUUUAAGGAAUCCUUAAGCAGCAGAAACUACCAGUUACACCAUGUGCCUUUCCAUGGACCGACACAUAGUCACCACCACGAGCCUCCACACCCUUUCCCCACUGUGAAUGUUCCUGAUCAUGCCCACUACAUCAUCGGCUCUGUCAUCUUAAUAGUUGGCAUCACCGGAGUGAUGGGGAACGCACUGGUGAUCUACGUGUUCUGCCGAAGCAACAGUCUUCGCACUGCGGGAAACAUGUUUGUGGUGAACCUGGCUGUGGCUGACUUCUUCAUGUCUCUCACCCAAGCCCCUAUGUUCUUUGUGGCCAGCCUGCACAAGCGCUGGGUGUUCGGUGAGCGUGUUUGCGAGCUCUACGCGUUCUGUGGUGCCCUCUUCGGGAUCUGUUCCAUGAUGACUUUGACUGCAAUUGCUGCCGAUCGCUGCCUUGCUAUAACUCAGCCGCUUGCGCUUGUGAGCAAAGUCAGCCGACGCAAAGCCGGCGCAGUUCUGGCUGUUGUGUGGCUCUAUUCCCUGGGCUGGAGCCUUCCACCCUUUUUUGGCUGGAGUGCCUAUGUUCCUGAAGGCCUUCAGACCUCUUGUUCUUGGGACUACAUGACCUUCACUCCAUCGGUACGUGCAUACACCAUCCUUCUCUUCAUUUUUGUGUUCUUUAUCCCCUUAGGGAUCAUUGGUAGUUGCUACUUUGCCAUUUUCCAAGCAAUCCGAACAGCAGGGAGAGAGAUAAGGGAGCUGAAUUGUGGAGAAACCCAUAAGGUCUAUAAACGUAUGCAGAAUGAAUGGAAGAUGGCUAAGGUUGCCCUUUUGGUGAUUUUGCUCUUUGUAAUAUCCUGGUCACCGUACUCCGUGGUGGCUCUUACCGCAACGGCUGGUUAUUCCCAUCUCCUCACCCCUUACAUGAAUUCAGUACCUGCUGUUAUUGCCAAAGCCUCAGCCAUCCACAAUCCCAUCAUCUAUGCAAUCACACAUCCUAAAUAUCGGGCAGCUAUUGCGCGUUACAUUCCAAUACUCCGCCAUAUUCUCCGCGUAAAGGAGAAGGACCUACGUUCUUCUAUCAGUUCCAGCAGUGCCCUCUGCUCCCGUCGUCCGACCCUCACCAGCCAAUGUUCAACGGAGGUCAGUGUCGGAAAUGCAGCACGGGUCAACGGCCGCUGGGGAAAGACCCGCUUGUCUUCUGCUUCAGACACUGAUUCGUACUGGACUGAGAGCGAGGCUGAAGGUUCCAGUGUGAAUUCCACCACCUUUGGUCGUCGUGUGUCCACAGAGAUUUCUACAGAUACAGCCAUUCCUUCGACAGAGUCAAGCACUACCACCACGAGAGGGCACAGAGGCGAAAAAUCAGACAAGGUUUUAAGCAUACCUGUGCCCUUUAUUGCUUUCGUAACAGAUUCAUCAGACAGGGAGCCUGUAUCUGAUGGAAAGACGUUCCUCCUCGAGGGGGACCUUAGGGAAUAA